AGAAGAAGAAGAAGAAGAAGCGAGAGAGAGAGACGGGAGAGAUGCCCGCUGGACGGAUGGAUUUUAUUUUCUCCGAGCUGCACCAGCCUCUGUAAGACCAACAUGGGCUGCAUUGGAUCCCGGACGAUCACAGCGGAUGCAGUGCCGGUACGGAAAGAUGGAGAUCAGCAUGGCCGUGCCGAGUUUUCCUGGGAAGGAAUCAAUCUGUCCAUGGAGGACACCACCUCCAUCCUGCCUCGUCUCAAGAGGACCUCCUCCAACGCCUACGGGAUCGGUGCCCUGGCUAAGUCCUCUCUGUCAGGUGUGUCAGGUGUGACUCGCUCCAUGAAGGACAAGGUGACCAAGCCCACCGCCAUGGCGCAGGGCCGCGUCGCCCACAUGAUCGAGUGGCAGAGUUGGGGCAAGCCGUCGGCGGGGCCGAGGGGCGGGGCCGGCCGCACCAACCUGCAGAGGGAGAAGGAGAGGAGGAUGGAGAACGACGCCUACAGCGACCUCAGCGACGGCGAGAAGGAAGCCCGCUUCGCUGCAGGUAUCAUGCAGCAGUUUGCGAUCUCGGAGGCGACUCUGUUCGGCUGGAACUCGAUGGACGGGGAGAGCAUGGGCGCCGGCUCCAACCAGGGCAGCGUGGCCCACCUCAGCGAGGUCAACCAGGAGAGCAUCACCAGCAGAGACCAAGUGCUCCACCACUCCUCUGCGGAUGUCUGGCCUCAUACUUACGUCUCCCAGGGCCUGUACUGCCUGUCUUCCUCUGAUGCCUGGGACCCAAUCACCAGCCAACCCUCCGGCGUGGCCUCGCCAGCCGCCGGCUCCUACAUCAUGGCCGCUGGAGGCAGCAGCGGAGCAGGAGGGACGCCUGGUGAGGGCUACGAGGGGACAGUAGGAAGUUACCUCCAGCAGCACCAGGCUCAGCUCGCCCUGCAGCAGCAGAACCAACUUCAGCAGCUGCAACAGCUCCAGCACUACCAGCAGCAACAGCUACUGCAGUACCAACAGCAACAACAGACUAUGGAGCACAGGCUACACAGUGCCUCCCAUUCCCUCCAAGCCACUCCCAACAGCACCAUCCACAGCCUUGGUCCUCCCACCCACCCCCGCAUAGCUGACCUGUGGGGAGCAGCACAGCUCGAGGCCCACCAGGUGGAGAUUGUCGGGCAGCUGAGUGGACCGAUGGCUGAGAUGGUCGGAGGCGUGGUCGAGACCGUAGGGGAGGAGCCAGAGCCGGAGUCUGAAGGCAUCUCCGAGCAGCAGGAAGAAGAGGAAGAGGAGGUGACGAGGGUAGAGGAGGUAACGUUAACCUUGGAACCGGAGCCGUGCUCUUUGACCCCGUCCCCCCUGAGGGAGGAGGCCCCCCCGACCGGAGGCUCAAGCCCGGGACCGCCGGCACAGCCUGCUGAAUCGGUUGCCGACAGGAUACCGUUCGACGUCACGCCCUGCGUCGUCCAAUCGCUGGAGGAGAAGGACGAGGAGGCAGAGGAGGGUUCGAUUGUUGUUGUGGCAACCAACUGAGGGUUGCUGACAGGGAACAAGGUCAGACAGAGACUGACGAAAACAGGAAGUAAAUACUCCAAUAAUCAAUCAAUCAAGCUAUUCUAUCCCACCCCACCCCCCCACCCUUCCCAAAUAUUUACCCACUUCGAGAUGGAGGAAAUGCGUGAAGACAUUUUCAGAAGGAAACGUGGGAUGUCCUGUACAUGAAUCAACUCACAACACAGCUUUCCCCCAGAGACUGAGAAGGGAAAGGUGGAAUAUUUGCGAGAAAGGACAAAUCCAGUUCAAAGAUGGUAGGAGAAACAGUGACAAUUUCAGUGAGUGCUGAAACGAGCUGUGUGAGGAUCUUUUGCGAUGGACAACCAAGGACAACUCGGUCCCUUUUCUCCGACUGGUCCGAUCGGACUAGGACUGAAGGCUGAACAUUGGAUGGAAGGUUAUGAAACUGAAAAAAACGAGGUAGGAAAAGGAGAAAAAAGAAAAUCGGUUUGAAAAAUUCAGUGCAAUACAAAGAACAUGGAGACAACCACACCUGGGUCAAACCGUAUUUGCAGAUAACGGCUGGCGUUUGGUUCGGCUUGCGUCGAGCACCAGAAGUAAAGCGGUUUGUCACGUCAGACUGUGGGGCCAGAAAGUCCCGACACUCACAGAAGGCUGUUUGAUAUUCAAAUUAGUGUACUUUUCUGUGAUUGGCAACUUACCUGACUCGUGCUGAGACAUCCUGACGUGGUAAACCCCGCCCACUUGGUACUCCAAGCAAGUUAAAACAAACGGCAACACGUAUUUGCAAAUACUAUUUCCCUUUGGUCUGGACACAACCAAAAGAAAGUGCAUGCUUUUUAACAGUGACCUAGCCCUAACAGUAUAACACAGUAUACAAAGUAAUAAUAUAUCAAAUUUCUUUUUUUAAUAAAACAAAAAAAUUCCACUAAACUGAUAUGUAUUUGUAUGAAUGUAAGAAUGUAUCGUAUGUAUGUACGUAUGUAUGUAUGU